UCUCUCUCUCUCUCACUCUUCCCGACUCGAUCAAGAUCGCCUUCCUGUACCGUCAUGGAUCCGUCGAGAGCUCGUCAGAUAAGGGCUUCGUGGAGAGCCGAAGAGGCGUUUGCAGAGAGGUAUAUGGCGGACAUGAGGGGGGAAUUUAUCAAAGAAGAAGAGAUUGACGAAGAGAAUGGGUUUGCUCGUGAGUUGUCGUGGGAACGUGUUCGCAACAGGAUGGUGAUGACGAUUUGGGUCACUAGGAAGAUGAUGGAAGAACACAACCCCCCUCUUGAGGCAUUCAUCGGGACCUGCGACGAGUAUGGUAGACCUGGAGGAAGAGGCCUUGCUGUGAUCACUGCACAAUCAGCUUGUUUGUGGAUUGGCGAAUGCUUGGAACCGUUCCUUACGCACUUCACGGACUCGUGGACCAACGUCAUGACCAUACGUGCUGAUCAGUCGAUGAAGAGCUGGAUGUCAGAGAAUCUCAGUGCACGAGCCAACGUGGGUUACGACAUGUCCCUUGACACUGUGGAGACUCUUACUAGCGUCAACCAGCGCCUCUUUCCUUUGUAUCGUUUCGCUUAAGGGGUCGUUUUGGGAUUGAAUAAGAAAGAGCACGAGACAUCAUCUUCCUAGUAGUAAAUAUAGCGCUUUAAAGAUUUGUAAAGACAAUUUUUUUUUUGGGUUUAGCUGGUCUUGUAAAUGAAAUAUUACAGUGUUACGGUCUUGUAUGAAUGAAACUUGAACCAUAUUUUUUUCAUUUCAUCCUUCAU